UGCUCUGUCGCCUACCUCAAGUAAAGAGCCGACCAGAGUAAGCACUCUACCUGUGCUUCCAGUCUCGACCAGCAUGAGCUCCACAGAAGCCACUUCUCCAACUGUCAAAGUGUCAUUUCCCCUCACCUCUAGUACCGAGACUCCUAGAGUCUCAGAGAUCCUCACACCUACUGAAAAGACCACAACUCCCACUGUGACUUCUAGUGGUGGCACACACUUUCCUGCUGAAACUAUCAGCACAACAAAGUUCACCUCCACAACGCCUAUACUAGGAUCGAGUACCUCUGUCACCACAGCAAAAUUGACCUUUCCAACGUCUUCACACACUCUGAAAACCCCUGAGAGCCCCUCUGAAACCCUGAAGCCUUUGGGCAUCACUACCAUUUCCACUUCCCCUUCAGAUAUUGAAGCGUCAACGACUCACAUUUCAGUGAAAUCCACGAGUUCCACUUUUCAAAUGCCAACUUCAACUCAAACAACACCUUUUAUUUCUUCAACAUCAACCUCAGAGCAACCCGAAACUUCAAAAACAACACUGUCUUUCUCCACGGCUGCUCCAGCAACCCUCAUCACCACAGUGUCCUCUCAAGCUCCUACAUUUAUGCCAACAGAAACCACAGCAAAAACAACCUAUCAGUCAACAUCUGUUAUGUAUACUUAUCCUGAUGUUCUAACAACUGAUAGGACUUUACAGACAGAUUGGAGAAUAAUCCAAACCACAUUAACUCCAUCAGUAUUACCAGGAACAUCCCAAACCAGUGUCAGCACAGCAGAGACUCCACUUACCACCUACACCACUAUGCCAUUCACCUCAGCACCUACAGAAGAAAUAUCAACACUGCUCACAUCACAUGUGUCACCCACUGACAAGACAACUUCUAGAGUUGUCUCGCCUUCUACUACAUUGGGCCCAACAGUGUCUCACUGGAGUUUAGUUUCCACCACUGCUCUCCUUACAGACAAAGUCAGCACAUCACCAAUUCGUUCUCCUUAUUCUACGACAACUAUGACCACCACACCUGCGCUGCCUGAGAUUUCUCCAGCUUCGCCAUCCAUACUUACGUUGGCAACAUCCGCAUCUCAAGCACCAACAAAAACCACAGAAACAACUGUCACUUCUGGGAUACCUCUGCUGACAUCUACUGCAGCUGAGAAGGAGAUUGUUUCCACCACUCAAACAUCCACAACUAGACCUUUGAGUAUACAUUUUGUCACAGAGACAACUAGGGUUUCUCCUGACACAGAUAGAGCUGUGCUAUCAACUACUGCUACAACCCAGAUGUCAACAUUGGUGCAUGAGACCUCCAGCACCUUUCCUUCCACAAUGACUCCAAAAUUCACAACCCGUGUCACACCAGUCCUGACUACACGGGUGGCUGUGGCUACCACACGUCGAGAAACGCCACGAGUUGUGGCCACAACCAGCAUUUCACCUACCACUAGGAAUGAGACGACAUCGACAACACUCUCUACCAUUUCUACAGAUAAAGUGACUACUGUUUCCACAUAUACAGCUACCUCUAGUAUCCCUGUUUCUUCUUCUAGCACACUUACAACACACAGUCCUGACACCACUGAAUACACUUCUGGAUUUACAGAGUACACAACUGAAUCUGGUCCGACCACAGCACUGCCAUCAUCAACUGGAACAACUCCAAUGCCAAGUGUGGCAUCAGUUGUUACUCAGACCACCAUUUCAAAACAGCCACCUACUUCCUCUUCUGUCACUGAGAGUAGUCCUGUAACCAGUGCAAGUCCCUCUACUGAGCGCCCUCUGGUGGAUGAACGUACCACAGUCACAGCCAUGCCACCUGCCUCAGACACUGCCCGAGCCACACCGAGUUCCUCUGCAGUUACCAGUCUUCCCUACAGCAUAGAAACAGAGCACUGGAUUACGAGCCAGACACAUGUAGUCCCAAAAACUACUGCUGUCGAGCCAAGCAGAGUAUGCACUUCUCCAUAUUCAGAGGUAGUGGAUGAAUGUACAAAGCUUAUUUGUGUCAGUGGCCAGUUGGUCCUCUUCAAUAAGUCUCAGAGCUGCCCUUACGAUCCUACACCCCCAAACUGUGGUCUGCUUGGCUUUGCUGUACUGGUCAAUGGUGAUAAGUGUUGUCCACGAUGGGACUGCCCAUGUCGUUGUUCAGUGUUUCCAGAUCUUAAUCUGAUCACAUUUGAUGGGAAAAGUGUUGCGAUUUAUAAAGCUGCUUUAUAUGUGGUGACUCAGCUUCCCAAUGAGACCAUCAGCAUCCUGGUACAAGAGUGUUCUGGACCAGAUGACACCCUUGUGUGGAACUUUACCAAUUUGUGUCUGGCAGCUUUAAACAUCACUCACAAAUCCAAUGAAGUACUCAUCAAUCGUCUGCAGAGACGCCUAUAUGUGAACUCCAGGUAUGCAAAGCCACGUUUUAAGAAGUUUGGUUUUGAGAUUCUGGACACAGGAAACAUGUAUCUAAUCCGAAGUCCAGCUGGUUUGAAGAUCCAGUGGUUCCACACUACAGGCAUGAUGGUGAUUGAGAUGGACAGCUAUAGCAACAGACUCCCCACAAUGGGCUUGUGUGGUAGUUGUGAUGGUAAUCCUCUGAAUGAUCUGACUCUGUCUAACGGUACAGUUGUGCCUGAGCAAGAGGAUCCGGCUGUGUUCAUCGAUAGCUGGCAGAUUCCCAACACCACCAGCUAUAUCAGCCACAGCAGACGGAGGGAGGUCAACUGCACCACGAGCGACUGCUCUCAGUGCAUUAGCAUGCUGAGCAACCUUACCUUCACCAUCUGCCAUCCUUAUGUCCCUCCAGCAGUGUUCUGUGAGAUUUGGGUGAGAGAUGUGGAGUAUGUGAAUAAUCCAUGUGUUGCUUUGGCUGCUUAUGCUGCUUCCUGCCACAAAUUCAACAUCUGCAUGGAAUGGAGGAGCUCUGAUUUUUGCCCAUUCAUGUGCCCAGAAAAUCUGCGGUACCAAGCAUGUCUGCCCACCUGCACUGCCCCAUCCUGCCCAAACCAAGAGUUUGAGUUUGUCCCAGAACAAUGUACGGGCCUUUCAGAGGGCUGUGUAUGUCCAGAGGGAACUCUAUUACAUCGGCCCUAUUCUGCCUUAUGCAUUCCACCCAGCAAGUGUGCAUGCACUGAUAGUUUUGGAACCCCACGUGCACUUGGGGAAGUAUGGAAAGCCUCGCUGGAUGGCUGCUGCAUGUAUAAGUGUGAGAAUGACAGCAUAGUGCCGGUGGAGUAUAACUGCAGUAACAUCCCUCAGCCAGUCUGUACGCGUACAGGAGAGAUUACCGUCAACCUUGCAGAUGACAGCAGCUGCUGCCCUCACAAAGCCUGUGUUUGUAAUCAGAGUAUGUGUGAAGCAGCUCCUACGCACUGUCAAUAUGGGGAAAAGCUGGUGUCAUAUUAUAGGCAGGACUCCUGCUGUCCAGAAUACUUAUGUGAGUGUGAUCCUGAUCAAUGUGUCUUGGACAUUCCUGUUUGUCGUGAGGAUCAGACAUUGAUUGCCACUCGUGCUGAAGGCAGCUGCUGUUUGGCACACAUCUGCAUGUGUGACAAAUGUUCAGAGGCAGCUCCAGUGUGUAAAGAUGGAGAACUGCUGAUUGUGGACACAAACAGCACAGAGCGCUGCUGUCCAGUUUAUCACUGCUUGUGUGAGACCUCUCGUUGCUUAGAUGUCACAUGUCCAGUUGGCAUGGCAGUAGUUUCCACAAGGAUUCAAGAACAGUGUUGUCCAUCACAGACAUGUGAAUGUGCAUGUGAGAAAAUCCUUCGUCCUAAAUGUUCUUUGGGGGAGAGUAUGCAGUUAGACAGAGCGUUUCUGUCCGAUCCGGAAAACCGAUGUGCCUGCAAAAGAUUUGUGUGUGUGAGAGAGGCAGUGUGUGUGGAUGGGGAACGGGGAGUGAUGCGGCCGGGGCAGACACUGGUGGAGCACCGUGAUCAGGGUGUGUGUUACACCACACAGUGCACACACACACUGGACCCUGCCACAGGUUUCUAUGUCCUCAAAGCCACUGAUACUAACUGCACUGCACGCUGCCAGCCUAACCAGUUAUACAUCCCUCCUAAAGACCCCAGCAGCUGCUGUGGCAUGUGUAAGAACAUUUCUUGCCUGCUCCGGAGUGAAAAUGGAUCUCUAACAAUGUACAAGCCAGGGCGCAGCUGGGUAUCUGACUGCAUGCGCUAUGACUGUACAGACACUCUGUCAGGACCUGUGCUCGUCUCCCACCCCUACAGCUGCCCCCCCUUCAACGAAACUGAGUGCAUGAAGAUCGGGGGCACCAUUGUGAGUUACAUGGAUGGGUGCUGCAAGACAUGUAAAGAGGACGGGAAGUCAUGUCAGAAAGUGACAGUGAGGAUGACAAUUAGAAAGAAUGAUUGCCGUAGCAACAGACCGGUCAACAUAGUGUCAUGUGAUGGAAAGUGUCCGUCUGCUAGUAUUUAUAACUACAACAUCAACACAUAUGCACGAUUUUGCAAGUGCUGCAGAGAGAUGGGACUGCAGCGCCGUUCAGUCCAACUCUACUGCAGUGGAAACUCCACAUGGGUCAGUUACACCAUACAGGAACCCACGGACUGUUCCUGCCAGUGGUCAUAAACCCAAAACCAUAAUAACAGAAAGUGUUACUUAUCAUUCAACUUGAACAUUAAGAUCUGAAAUUUAAAUAUAGUGUUGUAAAGUUUCUUUUCUCUUUGUUCUAUCAAAAAACUCUCAAAUAUUUCAGAAAAUGGUAUAAACUGCGUGGCUGUAUGUUUGAAAUAUAAGUAACGUGGAAGCACGUGAAUCCAACGGUAACAGUAAUAAUGCUAGCUUUGUGCUCCUUUUCUGUAUAUAUGGAAUUCUACCACAAAGAACGUUGAAAUAAAGAUUUUCUAAUUGUAUUUAGAUGCUUUUCUACAGGAAAUGUUACUUCUUAAUGAUCUGAAUAUAUGUGAUUUGACAAGUUAUAUAACAAUCACAUGUUUAUUGAAUAAUUGACCUUAUGCUGUAUUUUGAGCACUUUAUUUAUUUAUUACCAUAUAAGAACAAAUGCUUCACUCAAAAUACAAGAUUUUAUACACAUGAAUUAUGCGUGGCUUUGAUUUAUGAAGCACUUCAGCUGAUGCUAAAUAAAUUUUUAUCUUCGUGAUCUGAUAUAAAUUAUUGCGAAGUCAACAUAAAUUAGCUUUAUACACUAUGGCACAUUUUAAGAACAGCUGUAGAUUUUUUUGUGAAAUACUUAGUACUGACAUAAAACUGAAUAUGUGAAGUUCCUGUUUUUAUAUCUGUUUCCACAGUAUUGCAAUGUUGCAUCUAUAAAAUGCAAAUGGACGGUCAUAAUGAAUACCUCUGUAUAGACUCAAUGAAAUGUUUUAUGGAGUGGAGCCCUCUUUAGGUUCUUGGUUUAACAUUGUACCUGCUGGAGAAUUGCAACAUUCAUAAUAUGCUUAGUUUUUUGUACCAUACUAUAUGUAUAUUUUCAUUUUCAAUAAAAAUCUUUAGAAAACGGUAA